CGACGAAGAAGAAGAAGAAGGCUCGGGGGGCGGAGUUUCGCGUCUCCUGGAUUCUUUCUCUCAUCCGAUCUCAUCUCGGCAACCGCUUGUUGCUUUUCGUUUCGUUGCUCGUGCGCGGCGGCGGUGGUGCCCUUUACAUCCUUGCGAAUCCGGUGGCCAUCGUUCGUUCAUUCGGUGUUUUACGUGCGGCCGAACUCCACUUUUUUGAGCCUGGUUCGACGAGUUGUCUGACGAUGCCCAAGCGUUGGGCUCGCGUGCUGAGAUUCGCUCACCCCAUCCGCUCCGUCCUGCUGCUUCUCGCGGCGUCUUGAAUAGGGUUCGAUUCCGCGACCGCAUUGUGCGUCGAAGUUCUCUCCUACACCUUCCCGGAGCUCCGAUCUUCCCGAAUUUCUUCCUGUUGGCAUCUCAAGCUCUUUUGUUUUCCUGAGAGUUAUUCUUGAUCUUCCCGAUCGUGUUCUCCUCUUCUGGCUCCCCUGACUUGGGAUGUGGAAGCCGGGCAGAACGGAAGCAGAUGCUUAAUGGUUUCUUGUUUAUGAACGAAUGAAGAGUCUGGCGAGGAAUUGAGUGACCAACGUGACGAAAAGCGUUGGCAGCCGGGCAGAUUGAAAAGGCUAUCAAAGGCCAUGGGACCUCCGGCAACCUGGACAGGGCGAAUAAUGUGGAUCGAUCGAUUACACGACGUGGAACAGUGCAGGGUCGGAAUGAAAGGAGUCUGGUGAGGAUGCAAAAGAUAUCAAGGGGAUGUGAGGUCUUACAUGGUCAACGCCAUGUCCAUUAUAACCCUUGCACUACCGGAGCAGCCCACCUUCUCGGGGCAUUGUCUACGCAGCAGAUUGACCCACGAUGCACAUUCUAAAAUGUUGCAAGAAUGGAUGGAGAAAUUAUUAUGAUCACCUUGGAACAACAAAGUAUGUGUCGCCCUUCGGUGAGUGCAAGUUGCUCAAAGAGGCAGGACCCUGUAAAAGGUUGGCAGGGACGGACCCUGGCAAGGACCUCCCUCCCCUUUGCCUUCAAAAGUACCGUAUGUUAGCCAAGAAAGGGGAAGGCACCUUCUCGGAGGUGCUAAAAGCCCAAUGUAUCAGGACCAGCAAGUAUGUAGCCAUCAAAUGUAUGAAGAACAACUUCGAGAGCAUCGAGCAGGUAACCAGCCUCAGGGAGAUUCAAGCUCUGCAGAGGCUCUCUCCUCAUGCAAAUGUCAUCAAACUUCUCGAAGUCCUCUACGACCAACCCACAGGGAGGUUAGCACUAGUUUUCGAGUUGAUGGACAUGAACAUCUACGAGCUCAUCCGCGGACGACGCAACUAUGUUGCCGAGGAUCGUAUCAAGGGGUUUAUGUAUCAGCUGAUGAAAGCAAUGGAUCACAUGCAUCGAAAUGGGAUUUUUCAUCGGGACAUAAAGCCAGAGAAUAUCUUGAUUAUGGAGGACACCCUGAAGCUUGCAGACUUUGGAAGCUGUCGAGGAGUGUACUCAAAGCAACCCUACACAGAGUACAUUUCUACCAGAUGGUAUCGAGCACCCGAGUGUCUGCUCACAGAUGGUUACUACAAUUACAAGAUGGAUAUGUGGGGUGUAGGCUGCGUUUUUUUUGAAAUAAUUAGUCUUUUUCCUCUCUUUCCAGGAAAUAACGAACUGGAUCAGAUACAGAAGAUUCACAAGAUUUUGGGGACACCACCAGCCCAGCUACUUGAGAAAAUGAAGAGAAGGUCACAACAUGCGGACUUUAAAUUUCCCCAGCAGGAUGGCACAGGGAUCGGCAGACUGAUACCACAUGCAUCACCUGCUUGCGUGGAACUCCUCAACAGAUUGCUUGCUUACAACCCUGAUGACCGGCUCUCAGCCAGGCAGGCGUUGAGGCAUAUUUACUUCAAAGAACUUCGGGAGAAGGAUAAGCUGCAGCAAGCCUUCCUGAAUGCCAAUCGUAGUAACAGUCUUAAACCUUCGCCUCGGUCAUCCCCAAGGUUGACGACCCAGGAUUUGGGCCAAAACAAGCAGCGUGGGAAUGAUUUGCUGAGGCCGUCCGUUACUGAGAAAAAUAGUUGCUUUACCAACAUUAGUGCGAAUAGUACUCCUCAGUCUAUAACCAGCUUAUCACAACUGCCUGUAAUCAAUGGCAACGGCAAAGUGAAAGAGGAUGAUAAAGACACUAUGGUACAUGACGGGGCCUACACCCCAGCAUCGCACGUCGGAGAUGUGCAAAGCCCUGCGACAUUGACAUCUGUGGGGUCUGCAGUGUCCGUUUUUAUGGCACCGGAUGCGGGGACUACUGAGAGGAACUCCGAUGAAAUGGGAGUGGAUUUUGCUCCUGCUCUACCCCCUAUCAGAAAUAGUUACAAUCAAUCAGUGCUCUCCCCAAAGAUACCUGCCUCCCAUGCUCCUUCUGUGCAACGUCCCCUCCCGCCCCGCUUACACACACCAAAGGCUCAGAGCUUGAAAGGAGUUAAAGUAAUGAAAGGAACAAAAAGCCAUCGUACUUUACCUGAAUUGUCGCCUAAAAGCACCAUGAGCGCCUACAAGCCUGGAGAGCCUCCGCCCUACAAAAAGAGGGCCAAUAACAGCAAGGGAAAGGAGGCCAUUUAUCAACAGCAGAGACGGGAGGACAGAGAAUCGAAGCUGAUAAAAGGCAAGAACAUGGAUGCGCAGGCAUUUGCAGCGCCGGGAAUUAGUUUUCCUCAUUGUACAACAUCCUCGGGGUACUUCGGUAGUGGUGGAAGGCCUGUCCCACCAGACCAUAAAUAUCAGAAGACUUUAAUCUACUAAUUUCCUGUUCAGGGCUUAGGCGUUCACUUAUCUACCCAG